AUGAGAAAUUGUGAAAGUAUGAUUUUAUUGCCACCUUCAUCAGCAUAUGAUCCAUCUUCAUUAAUAUCAUCAGCUGCCAUAUCAACAACAACAAUUAACAAUUUUGAUUUUAACAAUGAUAUUGUUUAUCAACAACUUGAACAAUUACAAACCGAGAUAUAUUGUUUGAAAAAUGAAAAUGAACAAUCAAAAAUAUCUGGUCAAGAUUUAUUAGAUCGUGCACCAACUCUAAUCAGUUUACCUCGUCGUACAAACAUUGUUCAAGAAACAUUAGAAGAUAUUAUUAAACGUCAAGCACAAGAAAUUCAACGUUUACGAACAGAAUUAGAACGUGAAAAAACAAAAUGUCUAUUAUCUAUUGCUCAAUUAGAACAAACAAUAAUUACAAAAGAAAAUUAUUAUAAAAAACAAUUAGAAGAAUAUGAAACAAAAACAAAACAAUUAAACGAUAAAUUAAAAUAUAAUAAUGAUAAUUAUUUAAAACAAGUUUAUGAUAAAGAUCAAGAAUUAAAUAAUAUUAAACAAUUAUUGUAUGAUCGUGCCUAUUCACCUACAAUACAAACAAUUGAAACAAUAAAAAAUGAAAAACAUCUACUAUUAAAACGUUUAGAACAAAGUGAAAAACAAAAUCAAUUAUUAAAUAAACAAAUGAAUUUACUAAAUUUAAAAAUUCUAUCGGUAACGAAUAUUCUCACUGUUCAAGAAGAACAAUUAGAACCCAUAAAAUCUUCAUCCAUUGAAGAUAAACGUCAAACAUUAUUAAAUUGUUGGCGUAAAAAAGUUUAUGAUUUAUUAUUACAAUUAAAAUCAAUGGAAUUAAUAUUGAAAAAUAAUCGUACAAAAUUUUCUAAAGAUAUUGAACAUUUACAAAUGAAAGUGAAUAAUUUACUUAAUGAAAAUAAAUUAUUGAAUACACAAUAUGAUGAAAGAAAAAAUCAUAUUCAAUAUGUUGAAUCAAAAUUAGAAUAUUAUGACAAUAAUUUAUCAUCAAAAACAAAUGAAAAUGAAAAUUUGAAACAAACAAUAAAAGAAUAUGAAGUGAAUGAAAAAACAAUCUAUGAUAUAAUAGAAAAAUUUCAAUUUAAUAAAAUUGAUAUUUUAUUUAAAAAUAUGAAUAAGACCCUAUCAAUUUAUGAACAACGUUUAAAUUAUAUAAAUAAACGUGUUGAACUAUUAAAUACAAAAUUUAGUCGACAACUAUCAUCAUCCUCAUCAUCAUCAUCAUCAUCAUCACGAGCAUCUAUCGCAUUGCAAACAGAUGAACAACAACAUUAUACUGAUGUUAAUUUAUUAGAAAAUGAAUUAAAAACUAUUACAAAUGAACGAGAUAUAUUAGCAAAAAAAUUACAUUAUGAAUAUGAUACAUCAAAACAAAAAACAACAGAAUUAGAAAAAAAUUAUCAAAAUGAAUUGGCUAUUGUUAAUGAAAAAAUGAAUAUGAUAAACAUUAUUUUACAACAGAAUAGUGAACAAAUUCAACAAUAUGAAAUAGAUAUAUUAGAUAAAGAUAAACAAAUACAGUUAAUGAAUGAGAAAUAUAGUAAUCAUGAGCAGAAUGAUAACAUUAAACAAGAUAAUCUAAUAGAAAAAUUAAAACAUCAAUUUAAAGAACAUGAAGAAAUAUUAUUGAAUGAAAAAGAUCAAUUAGAAAAGGAAUUGAAUGCUGUUAAAUAUGAACAAACUAAAAUUUUAACAAAUUCAAGACAACUUGAACAAACAACAACGCGAGAAAAAGAACGAUGGCAACAAACAUUAGCCGAUAUGCAAUUAAAAUCAGAUCAAGAAUUGGAAAAAUUAAUAAAGCGAAUAAUGACACUUGAACGCGAACGAAAUUCAUUAACGAAAACGAUUCAACAAGAAUUUCAUCCAAAUCAUCAUGUCAAUGUAAUUGAGAAUGAGAAUGACGAUGAGAAUGAUGAUGAAAUAGUGGGUUUAGUGUCGAAUAUUCGUCAAUUAGCAACAAAAGUAUUGGGGGAUGCAUCCAACGAUGGAAACGAUGCUUAA